CGCCGGCCGCGCUCCAUGGCCGCUCUCGGGCAGACACAGACACCGCCCCRGCGCCGCGCGUUUCCGCUUCCCGCGGAACGGAUGGCGGUGCUGCUGCUGCUGGCGGCGCUGAGCGCGGCGCUGGGUCUCUUGGCCUCGGCGGGGAAGAUGAAGGUCGUGGAGGAGCCCAAUACGUUCGGGUUGAAUAACCCAUUCUUGCCUCAAACAAAUAGGCUGCAGCCAAAGAUGUCCCCGUCAGCAGUAUCAGGCCCUGCACAUCUCUUUAGACUUGCUGGCAAGUGUUUCAAUUUUGUGGAAUCCACGUACAAGUAUGAGUUUUGUCCUUUCCAUAAUGUGACUCAGCAUGAGCAGACUUUUAGAUGGAAUGCCUAUAGUGGGAUUUUAGGAAUCUGGCACGAAUGGGAAAUUGAAAAUAACACAUUUGUUGGAAUGUGGAUGAGGGAAGGAGACUCCUGUGAAACUAAGAGCAGACAGACAAAGGUUCAUCUUGUUUGUGGAAAGAGCAAUAAAUUGGCUUUUGUGUCUGAGCCAAGUACUUGUGUUUACUCUCUGACAUUUGAGACUCCUCUUGUGUGCCAUCCCCACUCACUUCUAGUUUAUCCAACUCUGACUGAAGCACUACAAAGGAAGUGGGAUGAAGCAGAGCAGCUUCUGUAUGAUGAACUAAUAACUGACCAGGGUUACAAAAAAAUACUGAAAGAGAUUUUUGAGGAAGCAGGACUUCUAAAAUCAACAGAAGAAAACGAAGCUGAAAAACAGAGUAAGAAAACAACUCUGGAAUUUGAAACAGUGGAAAAGUGCAGUAAGGAAUACAAGCAACUUUCUGAAGAAAUAAAAAAGCUUAGAGGUUUAUUAGAUCAGCAUGGUAUUGCAUACAAAGGAAAUCCUGCUGGAAAUGCCAGUGUUGAGUAUGUAAAUCACCAAAUGGCGACUGCAGUGGCAUCAGUUCUUAAUGGGUCAAAGGAUGAUGAGCACCUGCAUGGUGAUACAGGAAUUUGGAAUUACACUGUAUGAAGAGACUUGGGUGGUACAGAAUGUAAAUUAAAUUGAAUGUGUAUUAUGCCACAAAGAUGAUUUAUUCUCUUGUGAGUAUCCUUGACUUUUUGAAUUUCUGCCCUAAAGCAAGCAGAAUGUAGAACAAGGGCACACCAUUAUGAGAAUAGCUGGCUACCUUCUGAGAACAUUGGAAACACUUCUUUCAAGUAUUUGGCACAAAUUUACAGAUUCUUUGUGUCCCGUGCCAGCUUUUGCUGGGAUCAAAUUGAUCAAGUGUGGUAACGGAGUAAAUAUUAAACAGCUCAAGAGCAGGGCUGUAAGAUGUUGUAAGAAACGUACUAAAUACAGUAUUAACAACGUGUUUUUUCAUCUAUAUGCAAAGAAGUUUUCUGUGUACACUUCAGCAGAAACAGAAACGUUUUCUGUCACAGCAGCRCAGAACACAUCACUCCACCCACCUGUGUUCAAAGGCUGAUGUCGUCUUGGGCUGUCAGCUUAAAUGAACGUCAGGAUUUGACAACGAAAUCACUGAAUUGUUACCAAAGCAUAGUUGCGUUAAGGGAAUAUCUGGCAAUUCUCUGUAUGUAAUACGGAAUAAAAUGGACUCUUCCAACACAAGCUGUAGCAGCUGAAGGCCAAGAACCCCUGUGCGGUCACUGUCGCCUCCCGGUGCGCGGUUCGGAACCCGCCUCCCUCAGGGCCCCUCCGGCCCGGCCCUCA